ACACAUGUCAGAGUGAGGAAACAGGAAAAAUGCCGCGAGUUUGUGCUAAAAUUGGCCCCUCAAUUCUCAAUGCUGAUCUCGCUCAGCUCCAUGAAGAAUCCCAAAAAUUGCUGGACAAUGGAGCUGACUACCUGCACCUGGAUGUGAUGGAUGGGCAUUUUGUGCCUAAUCUAACCUUUGGGCAUCCCGUGGUGAAGUGCCUCAGGGGAAAGAUUCGGGAUGCCUUCUUCGAGACUCACAUGAUGGUGGCAGAGCCUCAGCGAUGGAUUGCCCCCAUGGCAGAUGCUGGAGUGGAUCAAUACACCUUCCACAUUGAGCCAGUCAUGACUGACGUCAAGGAGAUCUGUCGCAAAGUCCGUGAGGCUGGAAUGAAGGUCGGACUGGCCUUGAAGCCGGGAACAGCUGUUGAGACUGUGCAGGAAUUUGUCCCAAUUGCCGAUAUGAUUCUUGUGAUGACAGUGGAGCCAGGAUUUGGAGGACAGAAGUUCAUGAACGACAUGAUGCCAAAGGUCGCCUGGCUAAGGGAAAACUACCCAGAGCUGGACAUUGAAGUUGACGGGGGAGUUGGACUCAAUACCAUUGAUGCCUGUGCUCAAGCUGGAGCCAAUAUGAUCGUUUCCGGAACAGCUGUUAUUCAGGCUUCUGACCAAAAGGCUGUUAUUGCGAGUCUCCGGGAAUCAGUGGAGAAAUCCAUCAAGAAAGCUUAAUCAACGGAAACUUUCUAAAUUUCCAACAUUUCCAACAAAAACAUCUCAUUCCUACGGAAUUUGCAUUUUUAGAUCAAAUUUUUAUGAAGAAUAUAUUUUUUUAAUUGGUUAAAUAAACUAAAAAUUAAAGCAUGGCA